AGAGGAAGGAGGUGGGAAGCAUAGGAGUAUAAAAGAAGUCAUAAAGCCAGAUUAGCAAAGACUAAAGCUGACCAGAGACCCGUACUGCUGCUCCUACAGAUUUAGACGGUGAAAGAUGGCAGACGCAGCCGUUCCAACACCUGCCGAUAAGAAGGCACCCCCCAAGUUCAAGCAGAGGACCACUCGUACCUUCAAGAGCAAGGCCCCUAAACCGGGACAGAAGGGAUUUGGAGACGACAUUCCCGGCAUGGAGGGCCUGGGCACAGACAUCACGGUGGUUUGUCCGUGGGAAGCCUUUGGCGACAUGGAGCUCAGCGACCUGGCGAAAUACGGAAUCGUUUAAAAAGCUCCUUCUGUCUUUACCCCCCUGCCUGUUUUACUGUCAUGCACUAUUGAUCCUACACCCAUCUCCACCGACCCCUUCCCUGAACUAAUUUACAGACUCAUCCCACAGAGCUGUAAGCAGAGAUGUGUCCAUAGCUGAUUUAUAAAAGAUGCAUUUAUUUAUAAUUGCUUCACUGAGAUGUUCAAGCUUCCAGACCCCCACUCAGAUAGCCCUCUGAGAGACUGCAAUAACCCCCAAGGAUGAUGAAAACAUCCCUAAGCUCCUCUCUUCUGCCUUUUCUGUCACCCUUCCCCUCUUUGGAGCUAUUUUCUCUUAAUGUACAGAUAUUUAAUAAAUAUAAAUAUAUAUUUUUAUUUUUAAUAAUUACUCAAAAGUACUGUCAGGACACUGUUACACAAAAAACUGUUUCUUCUGUGAGUUACUGCUGAAGUUUAAUGAAUGACAGUAAGGUAAAUAGGAAUCCACUGAUUGUAGCUGAUGUGCUUGUGCUCAGUUAAAGCCGCUGCAGUUGGUCUUGUCAAUAUCGUGAAGGAUGGUUGAACUGAUUUUUCCAUCUGGAUGGUCCUACAGACUCCAUCUUUCAUUUGGCUCAUCAUGGUAUGGAUCGUUAUUAAACUGUGAACAUGAAACUACAA